UCUUAAAAGUGGGCGUGGCUUCCUGCUACAUCCCCUGCUGCUGGGGCGGAGAACGCGGAAGUAAAACUCUGGCGGAGCUGAAUCCUGGACUGACUUUCUAAACCCUGGUCCAAGGUACAUUUCUGAGCAUCAAUAUAACAAUGUGGCCAAAUCAAGGGCCACCCCCUCCUACGGGGCCACCAAACCCUGCCUAUCCUCCUGGCUACAACCCUGCAUAUCCAGCUGGACCUCCUCCAGGAGGCUUCCCACAGCCCACAAACCCAGUGUACCCACCUGGUCAGUACCCAGCUGGGAUGAUGAACCCUGCUGUGGUGCCACCUCCAGGUGCGAUGCCGUAUGGAGCUCCAGGACUUCAUCCUUACCCUGCAGCACCUGGUGGAUACCCAAUGGUGCCCCCUGCAGCUGGCCACCCAGGCCCGUUUCCACACUCUCCGAAAGGUCACAAAGGUCAUCAUCAUCAUGGAGGCAUCGCUGGACCUUUAGCUGGAGGAAUAGCAGGGAUGGGAACGGGGAUGGCGGGACACAAAGCCCACAAGAAGAUGAAGAAGAAGAUGAAGAAAGCACACAAGCAUGGGCACCACAAACACGGCAAGUCCUCCAGCAGCAGCAGUAGCAGCAGCGACUCAGACUGAGUCAAUGCAGAUUACACAGAGAUGACAUUUCUUUAAACUUUGGCCUUAAAAUGAACCAUAAACACACACAAAAAAAAAAGUCAUUCCACUUUCACCCACAUUCUGAGAAAACAGCAGUAUUAUCAUUUCUAGUUGGAUGUACUUCUAACACUAGAAGUCUAUGAUAUGUGAGCCUGUCGGCAUCAUUUCACUUUUCAGUCUUGUGUCAUUGAUUUCAAGAGCUUUUGUUAAGACAUUCAUGUUAAUGUAAAAUACAUGGAGUUCUGUGUAAACACAGGGAUUUAAUAAUCUGAUGAUCCCAAUCUUAACUGAUGCUGCUUUGCAUUGUCUGCAUUAAAAUCUUUACCACUCA